UUUAUAGACCACAGCUGCUCUCGCGAACUUUAAAGGCUAUUUCUCAGUGUCUGUCUAAAUCCAGUUUAUCGCACAGUUCGUGUUUCAAGGAUAACCUACCUGUAGUAGCCUAGUUGCGAACUCCAACAAAUUAACAUGUUGCCUUCAUUUUCCAUGGAGACGUGGACUCUCAUAGUUUUGCUUUUAACGCUCUUAAUAAUAUAUGGGACAUGGCCUUAUGGACAUUUCAAAAACAUGGGCAUCCCAGGACCUCGGCCUUGGCCAUUCGUGGGGUCAUUUGGAUCAAUGAUAAUGAAAGGUUUCCACGUCUUUGACCAACAGUGUUUCCAAAAAUAUGGAAGAAUGUGGGGGAUCUUUGAGGGCAGAUUACCUGUGCUGAUGGUUACAGAUACUGAGGCGAUAAAGGCCGUUAUGGUCAAGGAGUUUUACACGGCCUUCACCAAUAGAAGGAGAGACGUUCUAGCUGGAUCCCUUUCUGAUGCAAUAACCUCUGUUGAGGACGAAAAGUGGAAGAGAAUCCGAACUAGUCUCUCUCCAACGUUUACAAGUGGACGAAUCAAAGAGGUGUUUCCUAUUGUUGCAGAAUAUGCAAACCGUUUAAUAGAGUAUUUGAAAAAGCAAAACUUAAAUGAACCAAUUAUCAUCAAAGACAUGUUUGGUUUAUACAAUAUCGAUGUUCUGACCAGCACUUCAUUCAGUGUAGAGGCGGACUCCAUCAACAACCCUAAUGAUCCCUUUGUUGCAAAUGUAAAGAAACUGAUGGAUUUUAGCCUUUUCAAUCCAGUCUUUCUUAUUUCCAUUGUCUGUCCUUCAUUGGUUCCGCUUAUGGACAAAAUUGGCAUCAGUUUUCUCUCACCAUCUCUAAUGGACUACUUCUACGGUACUCUUCGAAAGAUUAAGGAGCAGCAUGGAGAGGAUGCCAAUAGGAGAGUGGACUUCCUGCGAGUCAUGAUGCGCUCCCAAAUCUCAAACGAGGAAGCUGAGAAAAGCAGUGAGGAUCAACCUAUUAAAGGAUUGACAGAACAUGAAAUACUCUCCCAGUCAUUUCUCUUCAUCCUGGCUGGGUAUGACACUACUGGCAACACUCUUAGUUUUCUUGCCUACAGUAUUGCAACAAAUCCAGAUGCUCAAAGCAAGCUCAUAGAGGAGAUUGAUUCAGUGUUUCCAAACAAUGCACCUGUCACCUAUGAAAAGCUAACGCACCUUGAGUAUCUGGAUAUGGUCAUAUGUGAAUCUCAGCGAAUGUGGCCAGCUACUCCACGUAUAGAAAGGAUGUGCAAACAGACGGUGGUGAUAAAUGGAGUCACAAUCCCCGAAGGCACUCUGGUUUCUGUUCCUGUGCCUGUAUUGCACAAUGACCCAGAGCUGUGGCCUUCCCCUGAGGUUUUCAAACCAGAAAGGUUCAGCAAAGACAAUAAGGAGAGCAUUGAUCCAUAUGCUUACCUUCCCUUUGGUGUUGGACCUCGCAAUUGCAUUGGAAUGAGAUUUGCUCUUAUGAUGGUGAAAGUGAUUAUGGUACAGCUGCUCCAAAACUUCAAACUGGAGACAUGCAAAGAGACUUUGAUACCUAUGGAACUGGAUGGGAUUUUUCGACCAAAAAAGCCUAUAAUGCUCAAGCUUGUACCACGAUCUCAUUUAAGGACUGAGGAAUGAAUAUAGGUUGAAAUAUAACAAGAAAGAAUAUCAUCCUCUUCUGUUAACAUUCCUACUUAUUAAUUUAGCUGAUUCUUAUCUAGUGUAUCAAUUUCUACUCUGUGCUCUAGCUUAAUCCAUGCUGUACAAGUAUACAGUAACUGAUAAUGACAAAUACAAAUGUCUUUGAUACGUUAGUGAAAUUCAGUGCUUAGUUGUAUACACACUCCAGACAACAUACAAUAAACUAAUCGAAAGUGUUCACUUUUAUAUGUCUACCUGCUGAAAUGACGUUUGUUUGGUUGUUUGGUAUUGAUUAAUGUCUGGCAUUUAUUUUAUUGUAGAUUAUUGUUGCCCUAGGAUGUAGAUCUAUGUCACACUUAAUUGGGUUAGGAGGGCAUUUUGUCAAACAGAUUCAUUAAAGAUGGAAUCUCCCCCACCACACCCAA